AUGGAAAAACCAUGUCACGCUUCAGACGUCUCAUACUACGUGAGGAACGAGGUUGAGCUCUGUAUUCAAAAUUACAUAAGCUUUGAAAGAAUCACAAAGUAUCUUGAAAAGAAUGACCAGAUUAGUAAAAAUCUCACCCACAGAGUUUGGGAGAAGCUUCGGAAAGAGAAUCCAGUUUUAUUCAGUUACUUUGACCUGAGAUGCCAAAUGGCUCUUCAGAUGAGGAUGUUCAAUGAUAUGCUGACUAAGCAAACUGUUCGGAUCUGCAGUCAAGACUUUUCUUCAUCAACAUCCUACAAGAGUUCAUCUUCUGGAGACAUUAGUUGCAGUCUCAGAAUCCUUAUGAUCACCAAGAUCAUGUCCUUAAUCCAGCCAUAUAUAAGUGGUAUAUCAGUUGAACAGACGGAGAACCCUUAUGAUCAAGUCUUUAACUCUGCAAGCUUUUCAAUGCCUAAUCCAAAUGUUCCAUCAAUUGUUCAGUGGCAUAUGCGUAAUGAUCAGCUAUUUCAACAACUCCUUUGUGCUUCAAGCUUACCAAUGCCAUAUGCAAAUGGUCCAUCAGUGACACAGCUGACUAUUCCUUGUGAUCAGCAAGAUCAACCCCUUUAUACCACAAGCUUACCAUUGCCUGAUGCAAAUGGCCCAUCAGUGCAGUGA